CUGUUCUUUCCCUCUUUCCUUUCACCCCAACCUUUCUCUGUCAUUGCUUCUUCACAAUAACACGUCUUUUUUGCAACUUCACCAAUUACUCUUGUUACCACUGAAUAACCGCAGCGGCCGACGAACAUCAUGACUAUCUCUACAUUUCAAGACACCGUCAAUGCGUUUGUGCUCUCAAAGAAGCAGGUCCAGAAGAUUAUCGAUGGUCUGACCGAGGAACUCGUCGAGGGUCUCAGCACAAAGGAUCUCAAGAAUAUCACCCAGCAGCCAUCCUUCAUCACCCACCUACCCACCGGCAAGGAGACCGGCCUCUACCUGGCCAUCGACAUGGGUGGAACCAACCUUCGUACCGCGGCUGUGCAUCUGCUCGGAGACGGCCAGGUUGGCGUCACGAUGGAGAAACACGAGAUCACUCAGGAGCUCAAGACCGGCACGGGCGAGGCCAUGUUUGACUGGAUCGCUGACUGCACUGCAACACUGCUCAAAAACGUCGCUGUCGAUAUGGGCGAUUCGCAACUUCACAUGGGUGUAACCUUUUCCUUUGCACUACACCAGACUGCAGUGAACAGAGGAAAGGUGUUGGCCAUGGGCAAGGGCUUUGAUCUCUCGAAUGUGAUGGGCAAAGACCUUAAGGACCUGAUGGAGGACGGAUUCAAGCGCAAGAACGUGCCCGUCGUAGUCUCGGCCAUCAUCAACGACACCGUUGGUACCUUGGUCUCGCAUGCGUAUGUUUCACCUUCGACCAAGAUCGGCGUCAUCCUCGCCACAGGCACCAAUGCCGCCUACAUAGAGCGCGCCUGCGAGGUCUCAAAAUACGAGGGCCCAUCCUGCGACCAGAUGAUCCUCAACACCGAGUGGGAUGCCAUGGGCAAGGCCGCCUAUCUGCCUCAGACCCAAUACGACAAGGACAUCGACGCUUUUUCGCUCGUGCCCAAAUUCCAGGAGUUCGAGAAGAUGGUCUCGGGUCUGUACCUGGGCGAGCUCUUCCGCCGAGCACUUGUGGACUUGAUCGAACGUCGCGCCCUCUUUGAGUUCCUGGACGGCCAAGUUCCCGAGUUGCUCACGGUUGAAAAGUCAUUUAAGACCCUGUUCAUGUCUACGAUCGAGUCUGAUAACAGUUCCGAGCACGCUGCCGUGGCCCGUGUCUUCAAGACCAGCUUUGCGAUUGAGGGUCUUUCCACGAAAGAUUGCUCCAAGGUUUAUGAGCUCGUGCAUGCGAUCGGCCAGCGGUCGGCCGUCAUGGUUGCUGCUGCGUGUACGGCGUUGUUGUACAAGGCGAACGGAAGCUCUGUCCAUCUAGACGAUCCUAGCGAGAUUACGACAAUCGGCAUUGACGGAUCUGUGUUUGAAAAAUACCCACACUUUUCGCGUUCGAUGAUGAAUGCGUUGACGCAGAUCCUGGGUGCUGAUCGUGCCUCGCGUGUGCGCCUGGAGCUCGCGCGUGAUGGAGGAUGCAUCGGUGCUGCUCUUGUUGCCAUGGUCUCUCAAAGGGGUGGAGCUGUCUAAAAGAAAAAAGAAAAAAG